ACUCGCAACAGCGUCUCCCGUCACUUCCUCGCGGCCGAGGAAACCGCGGCCGAUCUCGUGUGGUCAGGCGGCCAUCAUCUGGAGCAAAUCAAAUGAGUUGACGUAAACUAAUGAGUUUAGUGCAAUUACGCGCAAUCGGCGCACGCGAACUUAUGCAACAUAGUUUUCGACAUCAAACGCUCGGUUUACAGCAUGAUGUUCAGCAAACUGGUUACAGUGUGCGAAAGUGAUCGGUCGUCUCAAAUGAUAAUAUAGUAUUCCGCAUUGUUAUUUGUGAGUGAAAAACAAAAUUGACAUUGGUGCUAUUUCAGUGUGAAUGCCGGUGGAUUGUUACGUCUGGCACGAUGCCAGCAUAUAGGAACAGCUGACUGUAAACAAACAAAUUAGCCGCGAACGACAAUAAUGAUGCAUGUACCAAAUAUUUCAGUUCGGCCGUACCGCAAAUUAUGUCUGGAGGAGAUAUGACAAAAAUAUUUCGGAGAUGGCCGAAAAAGGAGACUCCAGCGAUAGCGAAAGCCCCAUAAUAGACGACAACAUAAUACGAAUUCAAUUGAGAAAGCCUUGCCAAAGGAAAUGGGAGCUGCGGACGCGAAAUCACUCCCCAGGGAUAAAAUUCCCGACAAUACAACUUUUUGAUUGCGAUGGAAACCUUCUCGUUGAAACAAAUGACGACAACAUAUCUAUAAAAAGUUCUGAUUUCGAUGAGCGUGGCUUAAAAACGAGCCAGUCGCUGCGGGAUUUUAAACAUUUUAUCGGCAAAAAUGCGGUUAAAAAACGCAAUUCUAUUUCAGGUGCCAAAGUUUACACUCGUGUUUACAGAAGUGCGUCGUUAAAAGAUGAUUCCGCAGACGUUGGUGCUAAAAGUUACGUCAUACGAGACGGUACCAGUGUGGUAAACAUUCCAAGCAAACUCACAUUAAACAACAACUUAACUAAUUUGCAAGCAAACAGUCUUGAGACAACCCCCUUUGAGUCUGAAUGUUUUAGUGAUAUAAGCAGUUAUAAAAGUUCUGACAAUGAAAAUCACGAGAAGGUGAAGCGUCCAUGUGAAACAAAUAACCGUGCGGUAUGCCAAAACGGUGCGAUCUCAAAUCUCAGUUCGGAUCAUUCAUCUAUAUCUUCGUUGAGCGCGGCGAAUCAAUCAGCAAAUGUUGUGUCAUCGGAUAAAGAAAAUGAAGUGCGCGAUGUCGGUUUACAUAAAUCUCGAUCAUUCAACGGCAGUGCGUUGAGAGAUGGGAGUGAUACUGUGGUUACAUUAUCCCGUUCGAAGUCCGGAGUGACGUACAAACCCCCGCACAACAAGGUAUCUUUCCUCAACACUUACUUAAAAAGCUUACCCGCUAGAAUGAACUCUAAUCCGGAUUGGUUUACUUUGCACCGGCGAACAAUUGAGGAUCGGGAGAGCUCCCGAACUGCGAGACGGCAGGAAUUGCCUAAUAUCUCUUUCGCAAAAAUCCGUCGCUGUAAAACUGGCGAUAACACCUCGGACAAUGAAUUCAUUAAUAUUCCAACGGACUUUGCCGCAGACUGUGAAAUGAAAAAGCGCUUGAAAAUGUAUAGACGUGGCCUAUCGGAGAUCGAGCAGCGGCAACGAAAUUCGAGUUUAUUUACGAAAAAACGGAGACAUUCAGUGAGUGGCCUGAUGAGGGCAGGCCUCACUUCGUCCUCGGAAAGUGUGGACGAAGCCGACGUAGUACUUAACCGUCUGAAGAGGAGGAUACUCAAGAACAAGCUAAGAGAGAAAAGACGGAGCCUCGGCGAGAAAUUUCAAUUCAAUCAACGGGUCCAGCCAAGCCAGGAGCGGUGUGCGGCCAGCCAGCGCGAUGCGGGCGGCGGGGCCCGUCUGAGGUCCCGCCGAGCGAUGGGCUCCAACAUCAGCCAGCACUCCGCCAAGGGUCUGAAGGGGCGCCGCGCCCGCUCCAGUGGCGACCUUUGCAAUGGCGACUCGAAGAGCCAGACGGAGUCGUCCGUAUGCGGCUCCGUCGUCGGCGACGUUAUGGGAUGGAACCGCUCAUUGCCGAACCAUUUAGACGGCAAUCGGCACUUAGCGGAUUAUAGCAGAGUGAACAAUAACUAUGGGGACUUUGGAACGUAUAACCGAUGCCAUCCGAAAGGCGGAAGGGGACUGCGGUACCGAGUGUCUAAGUCUGGAUCAGAAGCAGAACCAGUAUGGAAGCUCCAAGACCCUGGCUUCGACCAGGGUUACGGGUCGGAACGGUCUCCAGAAGAUGACUACGUGCCACCGAUAGCUCCAGCGAUCUCAUUGGAAGCCUACGAGGCCGAACUUCGGACUGUCUACCCUUUUAUAAAUGAUGAGAACACAUUCACGGUGGUGGUCGAGAAAGACGGACGAGGUCUUGGCAUGUCAGUCUGCGGGGGAGGGGGUCUCGUGCGCAUACGCCGGCUGUAUCCACCUCAGCCGGCGUGGCGGACCGGCAUGCUGGCUCCGAGAGACCUGCUGCUGUCUGCCAAUGGAGUACCCUUGGCUGGACUGAGCACUUACGAAGCUCUAGAAGUUCUUCGGACGGCGUCAGCGCGCGUCGAGCUGCGAGUGUGCCGGCCGCCGCCGGACGUUCUCGAGAGCGUCACGCCGCCGGACCCGCCGACCCCGCCGGCGCGGACGCCGCACCCGCCGCACUUGCCGCCGCUUGACCCGCUCAACUGCCAUCCAAUGCACGCCAGACUGUCUCAAACGACAAGCAGCGCGACGACCUCGUCGUCCGAAGGCCGGGGCCGACGCGAGGCGAGCCCGGAGCCCGACCGUCGGGACCUACACCUGCCGAACCUCGACCGACCGCUGCCUGUGUACGACGUGCAGUAUGGGGAGUUCGACAUAAUAAUGACGAAGGUCAACGGCUCGCUUGGGUUUACCCUUCGGAAGGAGGACCACAGCGCGCUGGGGCACUACGUCAGAGCGCUUGUGAGGGAGCCGGCCCUCAGCGACGGGAGGAUACAGCCGGGAGACAGGAUCGUUGCAGUGAACGACACACCAAUGUCGAACAUGUCCCACGCGGAGGCAGUGGCGUUCUUACGAGCGUGCGGUGCUGAGGUGAGGUUGCGCCUUUACCGGGAUCACGCGGCCACGCCAUUGUCACCCAUGUCGCCUAAGGAAGAAGUACCAACUGACUCUGACCCGCCACUGCUGAAUAGGCCUAAACCUCCUCUACGCCCCGAAGCAGUAUCAAUGCUGUGCGACUUGGCGGCGCGACGGCUGACGCCCGACGUGGACGGCUCGCGGUCCCCCUGCCUCUCGCCCCGCAAGUUCAGGAAACUCACCAAGGAUAACAACCACUACGAACAGCCGAACGAUGUUCCGUGCGCCAACAUAUCGGUUGAGCCCACGGAACGUCCCAAAAGCACCGCUGAGACGAGGCCACCGCAGCGAGCACACACUGUGACACUCGCCAGCCCCACUGCCCCACCUAGUAGAAAACAAAAGCUAAGCCUGACAGUACCCCCCCACGGCUACGAGCUAAAUAACCUGGAUAACGAUGCGCUGGACGCGCCCAACAUCUACCAGGAGGACAUGAGCCGGCAAAGGUACGCUGAGCCAGCCUUCCCAGUGGACUCGGAUGAGCCGGUGUCGAUGCCGGCAGAGCUGUCCAGCGACGAAGCCAAGUUCAAGCACACAAACCCCGCGUAUCAGAGCGCGGUACUGCACACGACUAGUAGUGACUGUGAAGCCAGCAAAGAAGAUAAUAUUGGUUUGAAGAAAUGGAAAGGAGUCGCGUUGUCCCCAGAUAACGAGCGGAAGAUGAAGGAGUUCCCUCCUCCCCCGAAGCCGAAGGAGUUCCCUCCCCCUCCGAAGAAGGACUAUGACGCCGUCCAGAAGGAAAAUGUGGAACCUCCACCACCAGUAGACGAGACAAGCACAGAGCCGACGAUUGUGACAGUCGAACUGAACAGAGGCUGGAACAGUCGGCUGGGCUUCAGCGUACAAAGUCAUCCCGAGUCGGGGCAAAGCUACAUCUCAGCGGUGUACAACGACAGUGUAGCGGCGAGAGACGGUCGGUUGCGGCGCGGUGACGUCAUCCUGCAGUUCAGCGUGCAAAGUCAUCCCGAGUCGGGGCAAAGCUACAUCUCAGCGGUGUACAACGACAGUGUAGCGGCGAGAGACGGUCGGCUGCGGCGCGGUGACGUCAUCCUGCAGUUCAGCGUGCAAAGUCAUCCCGAGUCGGGGCAAAGCUACAUCUCAGUGGUGUACAACGACAGUGUAGCGGCGAGAGACGAACGGCUGCGGCGCGGUGACGUCAUCCUGCAGUUCAGCGUGCAAAGUCAUCCCGAGUCGGGGCAAAGCUACAUCUCAGCGGUGUACAACGACAGUGUAGCGGCGAGAGACGGACGGCUGCGGCGCGGUGACGUCAUCCUGCAGGUAUCAUUCGCGCUUCGCGUCGCAGUGACAGUCAGCUGUGUGAUCCGUGUAUAA